UCUGUGUUUGUUAUGGUGCCAGAUGCGCGGUGACGCUAAUAAACACAUCAGCUGUUUGACUCAUAGUUCGGGUUUUUGUUUUCACGUGUUCGUUUAAGGACAUUCAGCUGUUCAACGUUCAGCUAUGGGUUGCUGCAAGUGUUGCUGUGUGGUGCUGGUUGUGGCAGUCCUUAUUGUGGCAGGCAGUAUGGGUCUUUUUACUGCCUUCUUCCCCUAUCCAAGUCAUGCAUCGUGCCAAGUUGACUGGGUAUUUGGCAAGGAUUGCAACACAGUGAAAAACCACCUUAUCCAGCAAAUGAAACUUUGGAGCAGUGAUCAAUGUUCUGCAAAGCAACAGUGCAGAUAUGAGUACCUUGGUGAAGAAGGAGACACCAUUCGAGGCCUUCACACCACCCCUAUCAUGUCCUAUGUGGACAAGCUGAACUUCACUCUUACUUAUGCCAGUGGUGGCACUUGCCAAGUUAAGGCCUUCAGUGAGUCAACAGCAUCAUAUGCAGUAAUAGACUUUGGGGUCAACUACUGCAACCUUCGAAAUCUAGUAAUUGGAUCAAAGCUGGAUGAAAAUGACGCUAAGUAUAAAGAGAAUUCAACAAAUGCAGUGUGCACAAUGUAUUCCAUUGCUCACUGCAAUUUAUAUACAGAAUAAAAGCAAAGUUGAGGAUCACUGUGAUUCAAAAUGGAUGGCAAAAUACUUUGGCUGCUCAUAUCUUGCAUCACUUCCAUGGAUCCAGCCUACAACAUUUUCAAUAACAUAAGUUGUGAUUUAAAGAAUGUUAGUGAGUUUCACAAAUUUUUUUCAUGUUGUAUUUUAGAAAAUGUAUAUAUAUUACCAAAUGUACAAAAGAUGAAAAUAUUCAUGCCUUUGAUGCAUACAAGGAUGAAUCUCGGAUACUGUAAGAUAUGAAAUUUUUUUUACAAAUGACAAGCUCAACGAUCUUAAGUAUUGUAGAGUGCUUGAAAAUUUUGAUAGUAUUUUUUCCUGAAUGUAAUUAUUUCCAUUUCUUUGAGUAUGCCUUACCUUCCCAUCAAAGUUUAUCACUGAGAGAAGUAAGAGGUGAAGUUGGGAGAUAUUGAUCAUUGAUAUGUAUACAUGCUAACUUUGGAUGGAGGUGCAUCCCAUUAUUUAGUGCAAAGUAGAUAUAAUGUAGUAUUUGCUCCUCUAUUUUAAUACAUUGGUGUAUAGAUGACUUCUAAUUUGAUGAAGCAGCCUUCCCACAAUUAUUUUUAGCUGAGACAACAAGUCAGCUCAAGGUACUUUAGUAGGUAAAUGUUAUGACCUGUAAAUUAAUCUACACUUCCUUUCUCAACCCUACUCUGUAUUUGUCUUUCCUAUCCCCAUUCUCUCUUUGUUUCUACACACACACACACACACACACACACACACACACACACACACACACACACACACACACACACACACACACACACACACACACACACACACACACACACACACACUCGUUUUUGUGGACUAAAUAGUGUAGGCAACAGUCUGGAUAAUGAAAAAGUCCAAAUAAUGCAAAUGGGUCCUUUCUUUUUAUCAAAUGUGGAUUUUUGUCACCGAACACAUUUUUUAAAUUGCAAAAUCUGUUUUAUUUGGGUUUCCCUGACCAACCAAACCAAAGCAAACUUCAUCUAAGUUAACCUAACACUAAAGGCAGGUUCACAUGUGCCAAUUUGCGACUGAAAUUUUACAUACGUGGAGUUUCUGACGCAUUCCUUUUAGUCAGAAAGUGUCAGACGUAGUGCCUGGAAAGUAUCGACUAGUUGGCGCCUUGGCGGGAAGUGAAUGUAAAUAAACCGCCACACACCAAGAUGUCUUCCUCCAGUGACGAUGUUGAAGAUGUGGUUGCUCUACUGUAUAAUUCAUUUCUAGGGUCCCAGAUGUGUUCUUUUUCCCUCACCAACUCUAACAUCUGUUCUACAUCUGGAGACCACAUUUUCAAAGCUUACUCUGUGAUGUUAUCAUGUAAAUAAAGUUGCAAAUUGACUGGUUUCUCCAGUCGCUAGGCACUGAUUUUGAGUUGGAAACUCUACAUACAUAAACUUUCAGUCGCAAAUUGGCAUGUGUGAACCCACCUUAAAACUAACCUAACAGUACUGUAUAUUGCAGCUUAUAAGUUGAUCUGGCACAUAAGUCGACCUCUAUAAUUUACCUCAAAAUGUUGUACUAUAGGUUUACCUUGCAGAUAAGUUGACUCCCCCUAAACUAUUACUUAGUCUGGCCCAAUGUCGUCCUGAGUCACUAAGUACUGGAUUGUAAAUUAAGUUUUAUCUUCAGUAAAAUAAAUAAAACAAUUCAAACAGAUUGAAAACACCACCAAUUUGAAGCAUUACAACAGUCAGUUUUUACCUUUUUUUUUUCUCUACUCACCUGUUUCACCAUUAUAUCAAGUGAAUAUUUAGUUUUAAAACUCUAAUGGUAUUUGUUCAACCACCCACUGUCCUGCUUCAAACGUUGGAACAAAAGAAACAAAAGUAACAGCUACUCAUUGAGACUGCAUACUCCCAAAAGGAAUACGUUCAAGGGUGAUUUGAAUAUUUCAUAGGCAAGGGACUCAGGGAGGCCAGAAAAGAUUCCUGGGCUCAGAGAGAUGCCUCUUACUCUACCAUGUUGUGCAGGGGACUGACACUGUAGUAAGUAGGAACAACAAUGAACCUUCCUACACAAAUACCACAGUUUAUUAUUAUAGAAUAUUUUAUUGAUACAAAAGCUAAAAGCAAUGCUUUAAAUAAUCUAAAAUAUCUAGAAACAUGAAAUGAUACUUAAAAUUUCACACCUAAACAACUGUUUAAAUACAAUGCCCAUCACUAGGUUGCAGAACUGAAGUCAAUUAUGAUCACUUCAUUAAGAAACAAUUAUGUUUGUAACUUUUGCAUCAGUGAAAUAUUCUAUUGUGAUAAACUAUAGUAUUGUGUAGGUGCAUUAUUGUUCCUAUUUACUACAGAGUGUCAGUACAUGCAGUCCUCAUGAGUAGCAAUUUCCAGUUUUUACCAUGUCUUACUAGAAUGACAUGUAAACACAGUCCUUAGGCUAAGUUCAGUAGUAGUUUUCCAGUGUCCUAAUGUUACUGGUGCAAUUAUAUUUGAGGCGUUCAGAAUAGUAGUGACGUAAGCGCCAAAAAUAAAAAUGGAGAAAAACGCAGUUAAAGUUUUGCAACUUUCAGAACGCAAUAACUUUUUACUGAGAUGAGGAAGAAAGCUUUAGUUUUUUGCAAAAUGAAGCUCUAUAACAGGGUUUUGCAACCAUUGUAAGCAAAAUGUAAUUACUUUCUGAAGUUGCUCAUUAACUACGUUUUUCCAGGGGGGCACCUGUAUUUUUGGAAAGAAAAAUUAAUAAUAAUACCAAUAUUAAUAAAAAACCUCUACCCCAACCUCUAAAAUAAUAAACAAAUAAAAGUUACUGUGUAAAACUCUUGUUGUGUGUGUGUGUGUGUGUGCGUGCGUGUGUGAAGUGAGCAACAAUGGUGGAGUCUCAUUGGCUGCCGUCAGUCAUGUCACCGCAUCCCUGCCUCCCUAUUGGUCGCUGAGCAGCCAUGGUGGAGAUACCUUGGUGUAAAAGUCACUGUGUAGUCACUUUAAUGUGAUGCCAAUAUGGUCGAUUAAUGCCUUCACUACUAACAGAAUUUUACCCUUAUUGCCAUAAUACUUCUGACGGCACAGAUGUGAGCCAAACACAAUAAGAAGAAGAUAGUGCUAUACCACAGUUUGCUGAGACAUGCCAGGGUAAAAAUGCAGGCCUCCCGAGUAUAUACCUCAUUAUUGAGUGAGUGCCACAGGUUUUUUUUUGUUGACGGCAGUACUACCGUGCGUACCCCUCCAAAGAAUGGGAAUUUUGAUCAUGUUGCAGGCCAAAUUUUGACUUGGAUGUUGCAGAUUCAGGAAGCUGAAGGCAAGACGAAGGAAAUGCUAUACAAACCUCAAAAUUAGUCAGGAUGGCACUUACGUCACUACUAUUCUGAACGCCUCAUUUGUAGGUUGCUAUUUUAUAUCUACUCCAUAAGUUGACCACUAGUUUUGACCAUAAAAAAAAGACCGUAAAAACUCGACUUAUAAGCCACAAUAUACAAUGAUACCCGAGUGCACCCAUCAUUCACCCUGUAAUUGUCUACAUCAAUUUCUAUGCCAGCUUUCUAGCUGCUGCACAUACCAUUUUAUAAAGGCAGUAUCUAAUGCAGCAUCUUUUCCACUCCUUAUAUUUUUUCCUUGGUGCACCUUCACCACUUUUACGUGAUGAUGCAUCCUUACAGAAUUUGGCAGAAUAUUCUACCAGCUUAUCUUCUGAUAUACUAAUGUCUGACACAGUUUAGUUGGCCAUACCAUACUCCUCAGAAAAACUCAUAACACCUUCUUUCUCUAAUUUUCAUAUUAAUUUCAUCUUUUAAGUCACAACUAGGGCAACUCACUUAUGCCUAACACCCUUGGGAGACAUAAUUUAAGAGUUCUGAGGUACUGAAAAAUGUACAAACUUGCUCACUGAUAUUGGACAAUACACACCAUUUACUAGCAUCAGCCAGACUUGUUUAAAACCACUUACUGCAGCGGUGCCACCAUCUAUUUGCCAUUUCUGGAAGUGUGCGAGUCAUAUAUCGUUUGAAUUCUUUAGUUGGCCAUCAGGACUCAAAUCAUUAAAUUAUUAACUGGAGGCUGUCCAGAUUAACCGAAAUCCAGAUAAAGGUCUGAUUAAACGAGGGUUGAGUGUACAUACAUACAUAGAAACGCAGUGGAAUCUUGGUCACUGAACACACCUCUUUUGAAGAAAUAAUUUCUUAAAGAUCUUAAUUGCUUUGGUUGCCAUACCAUGAUUUAGUUCACUAUUAAAGAUAAAGCAAAAACUGUCAUUUAUUACUUAUUUAUAGUUUAUAUAAAUAUUUCCCUAAUUUGGAGAAGAAACACAAUGAGUAAAGCAUUAAUUUAAUAUUUGAAGAAAGUAAAUGUGAUCCCAUUGAAAAGCUUCAAUGUAAACAAUUUUUUCUUAGGUAGGAGUAAUCCUGACUCAAGACACUUAUGGCUGUUUUGAUAACCCACAAUGCUGUCACUACUGCACAAACGCAUCUUUCCAGUAAUUUUUUCCUAGCAGUAAGAUGUCUAAGUAUUAUGACCACCUUCAUUUUGAUGUAAGUGAAUUGGUCCUCUGUGCAACUCUGCAAGGCUUCCCUUACUUUAUUGGCGACUGAGAAUACCUGCACAUUCUAAACAGUAUCUUCUGGUAAGGUCUGUGUCGCUAAGUUCAUUUAAUAUAUCCUUUCUAGAGUAAUAAUUUCUGAGCUGAUGUUGUGAAGCAGCCAUUCUAGCAGUGGGAGCGUCUGUCACAAACUACUAAGACAGAAUAGGUGGUUGAGUAGGAAUGGAUUGAUACAUUUUACAUUGAUUCUUAUGGGGAAAAUAGUUUAGGAUUUGAACACCAUUCAGGAAAAAAAUAAGUUCGAGAACUAAAGUUCCUCAAUGAAUAUAAAUUUUUUUAACUUAAUUAAUUCCUGAAGACCAUUCGCUAACUGGGAGUUUGAAAAAACAAAACAAUUUUUUCCAUAGGAAUCAAUGUAAAAUAGAUUAAUCCAUUCCUGGAUUCCAAAGCUAUGUUUGAGAGAGUGACUGGUCAUGUAUUCCAUGCUCUCUGCCCCCACACACCCCUUAUCAAACACUUGUAUGUGUCUCUCAGCUGCAAUAAACUCAGGAUCGUCAUUGCUAUGGUAACAGUGUCUAACUGACAGCAAGACAGCACAUGUUGAUCAUCCUAAUGAUGUUUAUCAUACAUCACUACUUUCCUGGAAUAAGUGAGGUAUCUCUGUGCUGGGUUAAGCUGAGAUGACAAAUAUUGUGGGCCAAGUAAGCAUCUCAUGGAAUCUUGUGAUUCCUGAGACUUGCCAUACCAGCAGAACAUCUUGGAAGUAACAUAACUGUUCAACCCACCCAAA